AUGGAUGGUCGAGCAACGUUGAGGGUGGAUGGCUCGGCGGCGUCAGGGUUCGGUGCUAAAGGCAUGGCGCCGAAGGCCUUGACGGACUGUCCCGAGAACCUUCGAGAGUCGAUUGACUGGCUCCUCCAGUUGUGUUGCUGUGGAGGCAUCCCAGCGCUGUCCAACGCUCUCGGUAAGUUGUUCGACAAUGUCUCUCAGGACGCUCAGAAAUCUCUGUCGUCUCUCUCCGAAGCAGAUGGCCCGGCCGCCAGAGAUGUUAUUUUGCGACUUUCAACAUUUCAGAACUCUGUUACAGAAAACUCUGCGAAUCUUAAUCAAAACUUUUUACAUCAUCUCUGUUCCUCCGUUGCAAAAUUUGUAGGCUAUAAGCCUCCUGGAACCUACGAUGGUUCCGGGAUUGUGUACGGCGACGCCUCCCGUCUGUGCGAUGCCGUGUUAGAAUUCUUGCAUAGUGUGUUCAGUGAUGUAUAUAAUAACCAGCCGUACGUUGCUGGUAGGCCCCAGCUACAAAAUGUAGUUCGUGAGCUUGAAAAGUCCAGGUGGACUGGGCACCAUGGCUUCAAGCAUGUCAUCCCCAAAGUGGCCGAUGGCCUCGGGGAGUAUAACAAAAAAGUCAAGGCUUCUAACGAAAAGGUCAGGAAGCCGAUUGAUGGCGUUAUCGCAUUUGUGAAAGAGAAUGGUGAGUUGCUUACAGAACUUAAUAGUGUUCAGGCUGACCAUGUUACCGGGAAUCCGGACGUCGAGGAUGCUCAGGUGUCCAAGGUUGCCGGGCUGGUGGAGAAGUGCAAAGAGGUUGCCAAGGACUUUUCGAGACGCCUGGACUCUGCUAAAACCGCCAUAGGUGACCUGAACCCGAAGCUGAGAUCAAAACUUGAGAACGCCAGAAAAAGCUUUUUCAAUCACGUGGGCUGGCUGAGCAAGUGGUCUCGCAAGGGUCAGAAGAAGAAGUUGGACGAGAUGAUUCAUAAAAUCAAGACAAGGCUUAGGAGGCUCGGAAAGGAAGUGAAAGAAAAGAUUAGAGCAGAAGUGCAUGAGCUUGUUAGUCUGUUGAAGGAACGUGUUAAGAAGAUUAAAAGGAAGUUGGAAGACAUAAGUGAGAGCCUGGCGAAAUAUGUUCAGGAUCUGGUGAAGUGGAUGGAUGACGCAAAACUGUAUAUUAAUGAAGUAAAGAAAUAUGUUGACAAGAUAUUAAAGGAAAUUUACGGAGAGAAUAAACAGAAGAUUGACCAGGCCGCCGGGGAAAUUGAUAGGACACUUAGUGAGAAAGUUACAGAGUUGACGAAGUGGAUUGAGGCUGCGGACGCCGCCGUUCAGGCGGCUAAGGUGAAGGCGGAACAGGUACAUGGGAGGUUGGAUCAUAGUGAUAAUAAUGGUCAUCCAAAGACUCCGAUUGGUCAGGGGGUUAAGCAGAUUAGGGACGCCAAGGAUAAAGUUAAGCAAGUUGAUGACGCGCUUCAAGCUGUUCACACCGAUUUAGGUAACUGGAAAAAUGCAGCAAACAGUGUCCUCAGCGCAGCGGUUGACAAAGCAAGAGAUGUCCAUGGCAAGUUGGAUCCUAAUCAGAAAGAUGACACACAUCCUAUUGGUCACAACAUUGAGAAGAUUCACACAUCCAACGAGGCGAUUAAAAAAGCAAAUGAGGACCUUAAAACACAAGUUGAGAGUCUGCAUUCUUGGAUUGGCACCGCGGAGGACAUCCGCCACAGUGCCGCUGAGAAGGCCACGGAGGCCUACGACAAGUUGGACGUCCACGCUGAAUUAAGUAGGAAUAUUCAGAAAAUUGUGGAUGCCAAUGAGCGAAUUAAGAAUGUCAAUAAUAGUCUGAAUGGUGUCCACGGCAAUUUGGGAGCGUGGAAUCAGCAGGCCAGAACAGUGCUUGCCGGGGCGAUUGAAAAAGCGCAGAGUGUACAUGAUGCUUUGCUAGAUGGAAGUAAGGAAGUUGGCCAGAAGAUUACGAGUAUUGAGAUUGCCAAGGGACAAAUUGAAGAAGCGAAUUCACAACUUGCUGGUCAUGUUAAGGAUUUGAAAGAUUGGAAGUCUGCGGCCGGGAGUGUCAUUGACAAGGCAGAUAGGAAGUGUAAUACAAUUUUGGAGAAAGCUGCGAAGCAGGCCAAGGAGCAAGUUGGGAAUUUGGUCACCGAUGCGUUGGAGGCUGUUGUGAGAAUGGACUCAGAUCUCAAGAGGGAUUUGAAGAGCGUGAAGAUGGAGAUUAAGGAAGGGAUUAAAGAGGUUAUUACGUUUUUGCAGGUUACUAAGUUGGAUGGUUUGGUGAAGGAUGAUUUGGGGGAGUUGAGGGGGAAGAUUGAGGGGCUUGGCAAGGAUGUGGAGAGUAAUGGUCUUGUUAAAGCUCAGUUGGAAAAACUUGCGGAAGAGAAGAAAAAUCUUGAAACAGUAACUGGCAAGACAACUGGCACAAUUGAUAAGGAAAUGGGUCAACUUGAAAGUAAGUUUAAUACUUACAUCAAGACUCCGCUUAACCUUCAAGUCACUGAAGUUGACACGGCGAUUGGGACGCUUGGCGGGAAGUUUGAGUUGAGUGGCGGAAGUGAAAAGAAACUUGAAGAGAUUUUUAAACAGAUUAAAGGAAAGCUUGGGGAGAUUAAGGGGGAGGCAGGAAUGUUUGCUCCAAAUGGUACAUGGGAAAGUAAUAAUAUGGGCUCAGGCCUGGAUGGUAUUAAGAGUAAGGUGCAUAAUUAUGCGCAGGCCUUUAGUGGAGAUAGAUUCGCGGAUAUCGUGAAGGGCUGGCUGGAAGCCACAAUCUUGAGGUACAACGGCACCGUGCGGAGGAUACUCAAUAUGAAGCAGGAGUUUGAUGAGACGAGGAAGGACGGUAAUAUCGAGGACUUCGCAAUUGGAAUGAAAGAGAAGCUUAAAACAGAUGUUAUUGGUAUAGCCACAGACGCUUUCCAAAAUGUUAAUAUCGUCAGCGGCAGCAUUACUGAAAAUAUAAAAGCUGUCCAACAGCUUUGCAAUGGGCUCGCCAACGCGCUUGAUGAAGAACUGUAUAGUGGCACAAAACAAACAGUCAAGCGUGUAAAGGAUGUCGCGCUGCAGAAGGGGCAACUCGUCGCUAAGAUUCAAAGCUGCAUCUGCGAGUGCGAUAAUUGCAACAAGCAGGAUUGUGGCAAAAAGGCCGCCGCUGAAUUGAUCCUCUGCGCGCUCACCUCUACAGUGAGACAGGUCGGCAACGAGCUUCAUUCUGUAUUUCUAUACGGCGACAGGAUUGGUCAAAACAGCGGUACAAGCAUCGCACAGGAAUUGGAUACGGUGGUUGGUGUAACUAGGACGCUGCACAAGAAUCUCGGAGCGGCGCAAGCCGCGGCAAACGGCCGAGACCCUCCCACCUCCAGCAACCAGGACACCAAUAAAAUUCUGCAGAGCGUUCAGGGGAUUGAAAGGAAGGUUAAAGAGGGGAUGAAGGAUAAUAGUCGUGAUGGCAACAUAAACGUUAAUGAAGUCAUGACAUCGUAUAAAGAGAAGAAAGAUAAAGCAGCAACUAAUUCAGAUGGCAAAUACCAAAUGCUUCUUGCAGACAUCCCCCAGGCGAUGCAGCCUUUCACAACGGAGGCUAAACUCAAGGACCCAAAAGGCGUCGCAGCACAAAAAGGAGAAGUCCAAGAACAUCUCUCCACAAUCGAAAAGGAACUCCAAGAAAUCGCCGAGCGUGUUGACAGCAGCAAGAAAAAGACGCUGCCCCAGCCCACGGACCAAGAUGGCAUCAAGCAGCGCUUGAGUGAUUUGGAUACGAUGCUUGAGGAGGAAGAAAGUGUUGAUCUUAAAGACAAAGGUUUAAUUGUGGAAAGUGUCAAAGGCCUUGAUGCAAUCAGGGAGGCGAUUGAAACGCUGAAAGCAGACACGUAUGAUGACAAAACUAAGCACAUCGGAGAUGCCGUCCAGACAAUCAAGUUGCAGCUUGGAGUGCUUAGAGGGAAGUUGAAGAAUACAAAAGAUGAUGAUGUCAUUCAAAGGUUAACAGAUUUGAAAGAGAAUGGUCUCGAAGGUAAAAAUGGUUGGAAAGGCACUGAGGGUCUGACGAAAAUCCAGCAGGGAAUUCAGGAGCAGAAUACUGAAUUGGGCAAACAGCCUGAAAUAAUCACUAACGCCAUCAGCGCAAUCAGGGAUCAACUGUUUCAGUUAGGAAUAAAGUUGAAUAAGCCCUUCGACUACGAUGACGUUUUGGACAAAUUGAUUCAGUUGCAAAGGAAGCUUGGCACAGCGGACGCCCAAAAUUAUGGUGUCAAUCUAAAGAAAAUCUACGAUGAAAUUCAUUGGCAACAAAUCAGUACAUUCACCCACAAACCCUACGAAAUUCAGGCAGCCAACUCAGCAAUCAAAGCGGAACUCAAAGCGCAGAUGAGCACGCUGGACAACGACGUCAUUACAACAUUGAACGACUUGAUGACCAAUGGGCUGAGUAAUCAGGCAAGUUGGAAGCCUAGUGGACAGGAAGCAGCAAAGGGCUUUGACCAUAUUAUUAGUGAGCUCAACACUCAACAAAGUACGCUGGAACAACAACCCACUGCAAUCGGCAGUGGCGUUACCCAAAUCACCAAUGAGAUUGACGAGCUGAGGAGUGAGUUGCAGGGUAAGGAUGACACUGAGCCAAAAGAAAGAGGCGUGAUAAAGAAUAUGGAAUUUAUGAUUAAGAAGAUUGGAACAAAUGAUGACGAUCCUAAUAGCCUCAGAAAAAUCAAGAAAGAAAUUGAAGAUCUCAACAGGGAUACAGUCCCCAAGGUCACUGAACACCUUGAUAAGCUCUGCGCCAAGAUUGCGAGCGAAGCCGGCAGUGUCGACUGGCAGUUGGGGCUUUUCAAAAAAAAUAACAUCGACAAAGACCUCGCAAAAAUCAAGUCACAAAUUGACACCCUCCGCACCGGUGACCUCCAGGAGGCCAUCGCCAUGUGCGACAAGUUCCUCACCAACGCCGAUUACAUAAAAUGGGAGAAAGUAGAAAACAUUGAACGCUUCGUAGACAGUGAGAUUGAAAAGGCAAUCGCGGAGCUCACCAAGGAGGCGCGGCGGGACUACGUGGAGUCCGCGAAGGACGCGCUGAAACACUUCGCCCUAAAGGCGGAGAGCGAGCUGGAGACUCUGCCCAAGGAGAUAAACAGGGAUCUCUUCCAGGGCUUCAAGGGGCUCAUGAAAUAUGCGUACGGACAUUUUGACAGCCUCCAAAACGUGAGGGAAGAGAAAGAAAUUGCCGUCAUAUCCUCCGCAUUCCACAGCUUCUACGCCCCGGUCAACGAGUACGUCAGCAGUGAGAUCCGGAGGGAGCACAGGGAGCGUGAGGGCGAAAAAAAUCCCCUGCUCCCCAAGUCCCAAGACGAUUACACCGAUGAACUCAAUGGAGUCUACUCGGCGCUCAGCGCUCUGCUCACCCACAUAACCGGUGCGCAACGCUACGGCCAUGAGGUCCGUGGUCUGCUUGACGCGCUUGACAAGGCACUCACAGGCCUCCGGCCUGAGCGCUUCGCCAGGCCAGGCACUGCCGUGAUAGACGGCGUAGUGGAGGGACUAGGCGCCUUCGCCGCAGAGCUCAGCAAGGCCUACGUCAGUGCGUACUCCGGCGCUGGCCUCACCGGUGACUUAGUCAGCAGUGAGGCCGUGAGCGAGAGAAGCGUCACAGUGUUGACGCCCUACGGCGAGAAGCUCUCUAAGGUCUUCCUCAGCGUGGCGCCGAUACUUGACAGUUCAUUGACAAGGUUGAGGAUGGAGUGUAAGAGCCUCGCCGGACAGCAUCUCAACUCAUCCACGGACCUCGGCAGACUCCUCGGCGAGAUGGGCUACAGAGUCCCAGACUACGGCGAGCAGGACGGCGAGUUGGACAGCCACGUGACCGGUAGAGGAAUUACCAUGCUCCUCGUCGGCGAUUUCGAACGUGUCUUCAACUCUGAUAAACACACCAAGAAUGCGCUCGGGAUUCUUCUCGAAUGUCUCAAUGAUUAUUACAAGGCGUGUCACUACGCUGCUUACUCUUCCACCAGGUCGCCGUGCAACGUCUACGAGAUGCUCGUAUGGCUGACGGGCCUCCCGCACAACUGUGUCUACGAUAAGCUCUGUAAAUUCACGAAACUGUGUUACAGCGAGCAGACUGAGAAUAGCCUGUAUCCCGCCACGCUCACCGCCGACGCUUUAGUUGCCGCCGUUGGGAGGCUCACCGCCGACUGCCCUGCCAUACUCACCAGAGUGCUCGGCUACGGCAGUGCUCUGACAACAUACGCCUGCGACUUCCAUAGCAACUCCAUGAGACUGUAUUACCCGCAGGACGGCGAGGAAUGCCUGCACAUGAUGCUUCAUUGUGUACGUUUAUUGCUCUCAGUGCUCAGGUUCCUGUCAAGUCAGUGCUCACUCCCCGCUCACCACGGUGGCUGGGCGGAGUGCCGGUACGGCAAGGGUGUCCCACCAUAUAUGUGGCAGUGCAGUCCUCCACUCACCGCUCUGCCUACCCCUCACCCGGAGUGCACAGAUAAGUCCCCUCUAAUGUCGUACCUCAACGACUGCCUGCCCGGCCACCUGCCUCAUCAGUGCACCAAGUGGAAUGCCCUGCCUCACGCCGCUCGGCUUCCGGGGUUUCUCCGGCAGCAUCAAGACGGGCAAGCAGCUGUGCAAAGUGCUGACCAAAUGGUUCGGCAACAAGCAUCUCCCAUCGCUGCUCAGCCUCGAACCCAGACCGCCGGCACCUUGGCUGAGCACAUAGGCUUCGCCCUGUCGCUCGUCAACGAUUGGCACGACGGCAAGAUUGUGCCCAAGAAUUCCCUCCAACAGGCCCUCGAGGCAUCCGCCACGGACUUGUCACUUCGCCUCUACAACCAACCCGGUGACCUGACCGCAGCGCUCACCGCCGCCUACGGCUCGGACUCCGCGAAACACGGCGGCUGCAAGCACCCGCACCUGACGCAUCUCGCAGGCACUGACGUCUGCACCAGGCACCAAGCUUCGCCCUUCCUCCAAGCCCUCUGCCGCGACUCCUACGACAGCCUUGCCUACCGCCACUCAGACCUCUACCUCUCCUGGGCCGUCUACCUCCCGUGGACACUGUAUGAUUUAUUGCUGUGCCUGUACACCGCGUUCAAGGAAAUCUCCUGCCGGGACUGGAGCUGCGAUGCGUGCCUUCACGAAGGCCCCUGUGAUCCAGACAGCCACGGCGUCCUAAACCCCAAGGCACCCGUCCACGGCUGCCGAUGCCCUUCCAUCGUCCAAUGCACGGGCGUGAUGCCGACGCUCUACCAAUACGGCCUCACCUUCAAGGACGCACCGGCCUUGAUAUCGCAAAACACAACUUGCUUUAGCUUCUCCACGCAGCUCUCCCAAGUCCUCCACUCUGAGUAUUUCAGAGAUCUCUUCCACAAGUGUGAUGAGUUCCUCUGGCACAUCAGGAUGCCCUUCCUCUUCACCAUCGUCACACUCUGGCUCACCACCACGCUCUACAUCCUCCACUCACUCCUCUACCGCAUGGACAUUUUGUGCAUCCGCUCGCAUCUCUUCACCACCAGGGCCUCACACCUCAUCGACGUCAAGGCCUUACUCACUAAAGGCCGGAAGAUGCUCUCACUCUACCACGACGUCGACUACUUCGACGACGACUUUCACUCGUGA